UCAUAAUCUAACCAUGUUCUUUCCUGGAAACACACCUCUACCUAUAUCUUGGUCUUACUUAAUCCUAACCCCAACCCCAAGAAAAACCAAAAACAAAUAAAUAGUCAACCAUCCAUAUUUAAUUAUCCUUUAACCAAAAAAAUCCACUCUAUAUAUACAUUCUUGCCUGGGUUGUUUUUCCAUUUCUUCACAACAUAAGGAACUGUAAUUAUAAAAAAACCAUGCAAAACUCCAAUAAUCUUUCUAUCCCUCAAAUGACAAGAUCAACCUUAAAUUGUGACACUACUACAACAACAACCACCUUAAGCCCUACUACUACAAACUCUUUGUGUAGUCAUGAGUUAAGUCCUAAAAAUGGUACCAUAAAGAAGACACCAAUUCGAAGAAGAUCUCGAGCAUCUAAGAAAACUCCAACAACUCAUCUCAAUGCAGAUGCAUCGAAUUUUCGAGCUAUAGUGCAACAAUUUACAGGAUGUCACACUGCUAAUACUUUCUUAGGAGCUCAUAAAGGUCCAAUAAAUUUAAGUUUUGGACUAGAUGAUAACGACGAUUUUGAAAGAGAUAAUUCAAUAACUCAUCAUGUGUCUUCAUUUGGAUAUGAUUGUUACUGCAAUAAUCCUAUGGGUACUGAAAAGGAGAAAGAAACAAAGGGAGGUAUGUUAGUAUCAGUUGAUGAAAAUAAAAUAUUUGGUUCAACUUCAACGACGAAUUCUAGUAGUAGUCCAAAUAUGGAUAUUUUGAGUUUAGAUGAUUUUGAAUUGGAGGAUUUAUGUCUAAGUGAUUUCAAUGGAGAUGAUCAGUUAAUUACUGAAAACAUUUGGGAUAAUAAUGGUUAUCUUUUAAUUUAGUGUAUUUCUAUUUUUUAUUUUAUUUUUUCAUUUUGACUCUUUUGGAAGAAGAAAGGAAAUGGAGAGAUUUGGCUGAGGAUCAACAGCUCAAUUUUUAUUCUUCCAUUUUUUAAUAGAC